AUGAGGAAGUUGUAUAAUGAAAAGAAGCAGGGAGACUUGGGCGUGCAAGAUUAUUUUGCCAAAUUGGCUUGCUUACAAAGACGCUUACGGGAAGUCACAGACCACCAACAUGUGCUGAGAGUUUGGGACAGUGCUGCCCAAUAUAUUAAAGUGGGAUGGGCACUCAAAGGCAUGAGACCAGAAGCAACUACAUGCAAAACAUUGCGAGAAACAGCGCUGGACAUAGAGCGCGCACACAAGUACAAACGGUCAAUUGAGAAAUUGGGGAAUGACAAAUCAGGAUCAAGAAGGAACCAAUUGCGUAGUCCUUUCGGCGGAAACCGCGGCAAUAACAAAGGGACUGGAUACAACAGUAACGGUAACAGUAACCGGCAGAACAAACGCCUGAACAAAUACAUGCGCAGUGGACAGGCAAAAGGCCGUGACGGACAGGAGAACCAGCAAAGAAAGCUUACCAACAAGAAGAAGGCCAAAUUGAGGGCGGCUGGGCUCUGUUUUGAAUGUGAACAAUUGGGUCACCUGUCAAAGGAUUGCCCAAAGUUCCACAAGGCCAAACCAUUGCAUGUCAACACAAACGCGGUUAAAGUAUGCCCCAAGAGCAAGGUCAGAGUGUUGUUGGUCAUGCUCAAAGAGCUAGACAAACUCACCAGGCUGAAGGAGAAAAUUGAGAUCAACGCAGUGGGCAUUGGGCAGAAGAACAAAGAGCUGGGACCAAAACAUGUCAAGCAAAACGCUAUCAAGGUUAAGGAUCACAUGAGGAAGGUCCCAAACACGCUGAUAGUUGAAGCCAAGCUCAAAGGCAAGUCUGUUUGUGUACUGUUAGAUUUGGGAUGUCAGACUGACAUGGUAUCUGUUGUACACCACUGUAAGGUGGGUACAUGCUGGUGA